AUGUCAGAUUCAAUUGACCGAGUAUUCGUCCAUGCCCUUAACACCGUCAAAAAGAUCCCGAAGACCGGGGCCGCCCGGCCGCCGCCAUCCGACCGCAUGCGUCUCUAUGGCCUCUACAAACAGGCUAUGGAAGGCGACGUCGAUGGCGUCAUGGAGCGGCCCUCGGCCACCGGCACAGGGAGCAGCAGCGAAGAAGUAGUCCGGGAACAAGACAAAUGGGACGCGUGGAAUUCACAGAAGGGCAUUGCUCGAACCGAAGCGAAGCGCCGCUAUGUCGAAGCGCUGAUCGAAACCAUGCACAAAUACGCCAGCACGCCCAACGGCCUGGAAUUGGUGGCCGAGCUGGAGUUUGUGUGGAAUCAAGUCAAAAGCAACAGUCCGAGUGCGGCGGGGUCUUCGUCGGAACAGAGUGGCGGAGGGAUCAUCCCGAGUCCCGUGGUCCGCCGGUUCCAAUCGCCGGCGAGUGGGAGCGAGGGACCAAUGAAGGUGCUCAGUCCUAUGAGCGAAGAGGAUGAGUCGGAGCGGCGAAUGGCCGAGCUGGCCGACCAAGCGGAGGACGAUCCCGGCGAGUACGCUCGGCGACACGACAAGCGGUCUAAGCGGAUGGAGCGGGCCAUCGUCAGGUUGUCGGCGGAGAUUGCGGCGUUGCGAGAACAGAUCGCCACGGGCCGCGAGUGGAGAUCUCGCAGGGAAAAGGGCGUCUUCGCGUGGGUGGGGUGGAUUUUCUGGGCCGUCACGAAACAUAUCACCGUCGACCUCGCCCUCCUGCUUCUGCUGCUCCUAUGGAUGCGGAAGAGGAAGGACAGGCGGUUCGAAGACAACGUGCGAGCUAUCUUCAGGCUUGCGCGAGAGUACGUCAGGAAGAUUCUGCCGGCUCGGUGA